CUCGACCAAAUGAGGUGUAUAAGGUGUCCUUGGAUAGCCUUUGAAGUCUAGUAUCUCAAUUGAGUGGUCUUUGUUCGAGGAGAGAGAGCUUAUCUUACCAGAAUCGAGCUGAAGUGAGUGGUGGUCUGUAAACUCGAGCUGUGAGAGUGCUGAGACUGUUUGGUUGAUAUCUCGAGUUAUACCAAUCCAAUUAAGGCGUGUGAGAUACCCAAAGAAAGCUCUCAAGACGAGGAAUCUGUGAAGGUCUGGUUUGCAUCAAUCGGAGUAGUGGAAGGCUUCCAAAUCGUCCGAGCAAAACACAACCUCGCAGAAACGGAUCUACUUUUCUAAAGAAACGAGUUAACCGGAAAACACCCAUUCUAGGGGCUGUUUUCGUAUCAACGAUUAAGGGUUGAACUAGCACUUUGAGGAGGCUGUUUAACACUCAUAUUUGAGCAAGGAAUCAGUUCCAAACCCACCUUGACCAAAGCUUUGACAAUUGGACCAAGAAGGGAAAGUUUAAAGCUCAAUUGAGGUUGAGGCUAGAGCUUGCUUCCUGUGCUCGUUGCCCGAGUGAUUUCCCCGGAGAGAAGACUUGGUUCGUGCUUCCUCCAUUCAGUUUUAGAACAUUAAUAAACAUGCUCAUGGAUAUUUUACUUUAGAGCCUGCGUGCUCAUGUUCGCCCUGUGUGGCCCUUUGUCUUAAACAAUGUUUUCCGCUGCGUAUUGAAUUACUUAUUAUGUAUGUUUAUGGAUGACUUUUGUGUGAAUGAUAUUCAUGACGCCUUGUAUAAUAUGAAUGUGUUGGACUGCGGUUGACUAUUCGUAUUGUACGGCGGGUUGUUGACGUGUCCGGGGAGGUCCGGGGCGUGACAAUUAAGUUGGUAUCAGAGCCUUAGUCCAUAAACUUCAUAAUGAAGUCUCAAAAUUCUCUUUUUGAAAGGAUUUUGAAAACCAUGAGCAUAGAAGUUUUGUACUUGGAGAGCUUUUGGUACUUGGGUCGCAAGGUCUCUAAUUGUUAAGAUGGUACCCUUAGCAAUUGGUAUGGCGGUGACUCGAGCCAAAAUGUGUCUUAAGUACCUAUCCGUCAAUUGACAUUUGAUACGAGUCUAACGACUCUUUCCAAAUUUCUUUCAGAAAUGGACCGUGGUGGCAGGAUUACUAGGAGGAACCCGACGGGCCGUGUACCAGUGGAGACUGGACAGGGCAGUCGAAGGACCUCUAGGGCAUCUAGAGGAGCUGGCCGUGGAGGCCGAUCACAGACCGUGAGUGACGGUCAUGUUGACACAGAAAGUGAGACCUACUGGUCCUAUGAGGACUCGACUUACCAACCGGAGACAGAGCCGGUUGAGACCCCUUAUGAAGGGGAUGAUGACGAUGUAAGUGAUGAGGAGGGAAAUGGCUCCUUAGCACGGAUCGAAGCACUACUCCAACAAUACCACCGGGAGCGUGAAGAGAGGAGGCAACGCCGAAGACGCCGAGUGGGGCAACCUUCGGGCAUGGCUUCAAGAGGAGGGAGUCAUGGUGCAUCUAGAGUCCAUGUGGAACCACAUGGAGGCCAAAGUGAUGGAGGUCCAACCAUAAGGAUCUCCAAAUUUAUCAAAGAAGCAAGAGAUUUGGGGUGCAAACCCUUUGAUGGAGCAGGGGACAUUUCAGUCGCAGCACAAUGGAUCAAGAGGCUAAAUGAAGCAGCCCUUGACAUGCAAAUCGCGCCGAAUCUCAAACUGAGAAUUGCGGUAAGAUUGCUCGAGGGGAUGGCAUCCAAGUGGUGGGAUGGAACCAAGAGCAAGUACGGUGAGACCGUCGUUUGGGAGGACUUCCAACGGGAGUUCUUUGCCCAAUAUUAUUCUGAUUUUGAAGUGAACAAGAAGGUGAGGGAAUACACCCUCCUAACCCAAGGGGGUAACAUGACAGUGAAGGAACUUGAGUACAAGUUCCGGGAUCUCGCCGACUACAUACCGGAGUAUGCUUGUGACGAGAACCGAAUGGUAAACCACUUUUGGGAUGCUCUUGACUUGGAGAUACGUGAUAGGGCAACACAAUUGCCUAAUAUGACCUUCGCCCAAGUGGUUGACCAAGCGUUGAAGGGGGAGAAACAGUGGGAGGAGAGGAAGAAGAGAGACGCCGAGGAGGCGAAAAAGAGAAAAUGGGAGAGUCAUGGCUCCCAAGGUUCCAACAAAAAGGGGAACCAUGGAGGAGGAUCUUUCCGGGCACCGCCGCCACCGUCUAGGGGGAACCAAGGCCCGAGUGGGCAAGGCUCGAGGUCACAAACCUCGGUGGUAACUCGUUGCAACAAUUGCAAGAGGAACCACUCCGGUAAAUGUCGCGACCCCCUUAGAUGUUUUCAAUGUGGGGAUGCCGGGCAUUUGAAGGCGCAUUGCCCACAAUUGGGUGGGGCAAGGACAUCGGGACCGAGCAGUGGCCCGACGGGUACACGGAAUCAAACCGGAGCUUCUCAAGCGAGCCGGGGACAUGGGGGAGCGAGUACGAGCAACGCGCCAUCUGUGAAUCAAGGAAGAACUCAAGCUAGAGUUUAUGCGAUGACGGAGGCAGAUGCUCGAGCUAACCCGGACUCGGUUGCAGGUAUUGCCUCUUGCACAAUUGUAUUUUGUCCAUAUUUAACCCAUAAAUUGAUGACAUAAGUCAUAGGGAUUGAGUGCGAGUCAUUACGGGGUCAAACGGCAAAAUUCGGGCCGAAACUGACCAAAAACAGGGACGCACGAUCGUGCGUCCAACCCCACGCACGAUCGUGCGUAGGGGGCAGUGGUUCCGGGUGAAUUUCGCGCAGGACGCACGACCGUGCGUGCCGGUACGCACGCCGUGCGUGGACGCACGAUCGUGCGUGGCCGGGUACGCACGAUCGUGCGUAACCGGCAGUGGUCGGGUUCGAUGUUUCUUCACGCACGCACGACCGUGCGUGUCCCACGCACGACCGUGCGUGGACCCCAGCCGCCCGAAACACGAGUUUUUCAUCCCGUUCUUCUACAAUUGAACCCCCGUUUGAUUCCGAACAUUUGUAUGAACCUAUUAACCUCCUAAAAGGUGUCCUAAACCAUUAGAAAAGGUAUCUUACAUGGUGUAUAAAUGUAGGAACAUUAAAGAUUAAUGGGAAGGAUGCACGAAUCCUUAUCGAUACCGGAGCGCAACGUUCGUUCGUGAGUGAGGCGUUCGCCGAGGACUUAGGGGUACAAUCAACACCAAUGACGCACACAUUAGUGGUAUCAACACCACUAGGGGAUGACGUUGAAAGAACUAGUUAUUAUCCAUCUUGUGAGGUGGAAAUUGAUGGCCAAACCUUGACGUGUGAUUUCGUACCGCUGAGUAUGAUGGAGUUCGAUGCAAUCCUAGGGAUGGAUUGGCUAGAAAAGCAUCAUGCUAGGGUAGAUUGCUACACAAAGGUUUUGGAACUCGAAGGCAAUAAUGGGGACACCCUACGCUUCGAGGGGGAUCGAGGCAAAUCAAACAGUUGUAUUAUUUCCGCCGUGAGAGCGAGAAGUAUGAUGAGAAAGGGAUGUCACGCAUAUCUAGCAUACGUGAUUGACAAAACCAAGGAGGAAACGAACAUUGACGACGUGAGGGUGGUUUGUAAGUACCCGGAUGUCUUCCCUAAAGACCUACCGGGGCUUCCACCUGAUAGGGAGAUUGAAUUUGUGAUCGAGGUCGAGCCCGGCACCAAACCAAUCUCCAUACCGCCAUACCGUAUGGCACCCGCUGAACUUAACGAGUUGAAAACCCAAUUGCAAGAGCUUUUGGAUAAUGGUUUCAUUAGACCAAGCCACUCCCCGUGGGGAGCACCAGUUCUUUUUGUGAAGAAGAAAGAUGGGACACUUCGAAUGUGUAUUGACUAUCGUCAACUGAACAAGGUCACAAUCAAGAAUAGGUAUCCUUUGCCUAGAAUUGAUGACUUGUUUGAUCAAUUACGAGGGGCAACCGUGUUUUCAAAGAUUGAUUUGAGGUCGGGUUACCAUCAAUUGAAGAUUAAGGAAGACGACAUACCAAAAAGUGCUUUCCGCACAAGGUAUGGGCAUUUUGAGUUCCUUGUUAUGUCGUUUGGGUUAACAAACGCCCCAGCGGCAUUCAUGGACUUGAUGAACCGAGUAUUCCAUAAAUACUUGGAUCGAUUCGUGAUUGUGUUCAUAGAUGACAUUUUGAUUUACUCAAAGAGUGAGGAAGAGCAUGAAGAACACUUGAUACUCGUUCUUGAGACACUACGGGAGAAGCAACUUUAUGCCAAAUUUUCUAAAUGUGAAUUUUGGCUAAAGGAGAUUGGCUUCCUCGGGCACGUGGUUUCUGGAUCGGGAAUUGCUGUUGAUAACAAGAAGAUAGAAGCCAUUACCGAAUGGGAGAGGCCAAAGAACGUCAAGGAAAUUCGUAGUUUCCUUGGAUUGGCAGGCUACUACAGGAAGUUCGUGGAGAAGUUCUCUGUUUUGGCAUCACCAUGGAGAAAAAACGAUGAUGGAGAAAAAACGAUGAUGGCAAACUUGGGGAGAAGAAUAUAGAGCUGACUUGCUCUGUGAACGGUGCCGUAUCAAACCCGGUAUACCAUGCGCAUGGUAUGCCGGUUGCACGGUAUAAUUUGUCAUCCCCGAUCUGUCCCGUUGCCAUCCCUGGAUCCAAUUGGACGCAAGAACUAUUUUAUGGGAUGGAAAAGACUCUAUUUCAAAACGCAUAUUUAGGAAUUCGAACCAUAAAAGCGUGUUAUUUGAGAGUUUACGGAAAAGACGGAUUUAAUCAUCCGCAUUCCGAAAUAGUGCCCUUUAAGACUUUAAGAUUUUGAGGGGCCGCAUCUCUUUCAAUUGAUCAAAAGAAUAUUUCAUUGCUUAAAAUUUGAAAAGAAUAUUUAAAAAGAAAUUGAAAAGAAUCAAAGAUUCUUGUACUAUACGUUUGGGCCAUUUAUGAAAUUCAUCUUUGUAGUCUUGAUCAAAGGUAAUUAUUUUAUAAUAAUAAUGAUGGCAAUUUGCUGGAUAAUCUAUACGAUCAAGACGACUUUAUCUCAAUUUCUAGCUUCUUCCAGAAAUGUGCUGAAUCUUCCAUCCUAUAAUAAUAUAUAUACAUCCAAGUUUGUUGUUGAAAUGAUCUACUUUUUGACUAAAUUGAGUCGUUUGGAAUUAAGUUGGCGCAAAUGACCAAAUAUUAAAUUUGAAUAGGAGUCGCAUUUCACAACUCCAUAUAUAAGUCCAUAUUCUUGUGUGGAUUCAGUUUUCACGCACAUUUUGCGAACAAACUUGGUAUUUAGUAAUAUAUACUCAUUUAAUUUCUCAAAAUGGAGAGAGGAGUUCACACUUUCCGGCCCUCUCAUAGAGUUUGUUGGUCAAUUUGGAUGCAGCAAUGAUGUAUUGAUGUGUGUUUCGGUAUAAAUUGGAACAUACAAAAUCUAAUAUUUUGAACUAGUUAAUUACUUUUCAUGAAAAGCUCCUUGUUAUGGGGUUAAUGUAGUGCUACAAUGUUAUAUUUACCGUAUCUAAUACUCACUUAAAAAGCUACCUUAAUCAGCUUAAAGGAGGUUUUGAAAAUGCCCAUUGGUUAUUUAGUAGUUGCAAAAUUAUUUAAAUAAUUAUGCACUUUAUUUACAAUGUCAUAUUUAAUUUGCACUUUGUUUAACAUUCACUUAUACUUUAAUUUCCUCAUGCAAUUGUGAGCAUGCAUGUUUUAAAUAAAAAUUAUUAAAUUAAUAUAAAUAUACAAAAGUGUAAAUUAUCCAUUAUCAUGUGCAUUUUAAAUAUAUAAAAAGUGCAUUAUUGUAUCACACUUUAUCAAAUUCUACUUUGACACUCUUUUACAAAAUGAAAUGCACUUUUAUCACGUGUAUUUUAAGUACGAAGUAUAUACAAACGUAAACUAUUAUACCACACUUUCAGAAAAAUUCAUUGACACUUAACAAAAUAAAAUGCAUUUCUUCUUCUUAGAGCAUUAGAAGUGUUUCAUUGUGACGGUGUCUUCUAACAAAGAAAAAUGCAUGAAUAAAAUAUAGUAAGUGCAUCAAAAAAUUAAUAUAAAAUUAAUAAUAAUUAUUCUGUUAUGCAUCCAUCAAUAUGUGGUUCAGAAGAAUAUGAGCUAAAUAAAAUGGUAUAGUCACACAAAGUAAUACGGAGUAAUACAAUAUGAAUGGAUGAAGCUUAAUGCAUAACUUCAAAAUCUAAAAACAAGUGAAUGGUACUCCGUAUCAUUUAAUUGGUAAAAAGGUAAACAUAAAAAAAUGACUAACUUAUUCGAUAGGUUAAAAUUGAAAUAAGCAUAAAAUAAUCAGUAAUUUCGAAUCCACCUUAAAUAAAAAUCAUAUUAAAUCCAGAACAGUACACAUUUUUACCCUUGUACUAAAGUAAAGAGAGACUGUUUUCAAAUGACACAUGAUGAAAGUCGCGUCGAAAAUUGCAUGGAUUGACUGCUACUGCGUAACAAAAAAGUGAAUACAGUUUAGUGAGUCAUUUUGUUAUAUGAGCCAUCAUAUUUCCAAACCAAAAAAUGGUGAGUCUUUGGCUCCGUUUGAAAGGAAGAAAACACUAAUAUAGUUCAUACACAAGGCUAAAAGCAUUGAGUCAUGCUACUUGUACACUUUUUGGUACACUUAUGUUGUAGACACUGCUUAGUUGUUUGUGUAGAUAGGAGCUUCGGAACGAGUUGCCUGUGUACACAGGCAACUGGGGGUGUACAAGUACAAGUGUACAACAGUCAACAAAUGUGUUGAAUAUGUUGUUUUGUUGAUGACUAACCAUGCAGCCAUGCAGGAACAAAGGAUAGACCUGGUCUAUAAACACUUGUGAGUUUCUUGUUGAUGAACCAACCAUGCAGGUGGAACGGCGAACAGAACCGCCCCCAGUUCUAGUUCCGUGAUAUAGUUUGAAUUAAUAUUGAUUGCACCUACUUAAUUGAAAAUUAAUGUGCUUUCCUUAUGAGUGCUUAUUUGAGUGGUAUAUUACUUUAUGUAAAGUAUAGCUUAUUACUUUAUAUAAAGUAAUAUGAGUGCUUGUUGAUAUAUACGUAACUUGCUUAUUUGAGUGAUAUAAUAUUACUUUAUGGAAUGUACAACUUUUUACUUUAUGGAAAGUAUCCUUACUUGCUAUAUUAAUGAUUGCACGAUUGAUAAUUGGAUGUUGACCAUAGCACUUACGUAUUGUAUGCUUUGCUACUUCUAUGAUUGAAUAAAUAUCUCCUUUCCAUAAAUGAUUAUCCAUGAUUAAUUUAUUUGAUUAAGGAUGUGUGUUGGCAUGAACCGUUGCUUUCUUCCUUUAAUAAGUAAGGAUAUUAUUUCCUUACCUUAUUACUUUGAGCCGUUGCUUGCUUAUUAUGAUGGAAGGAUUUUCAAAUAAUAUCAAGGCAAGGAUCAUCUAUACAAGGAAAACAAAUUGAAUGUUUCAAAGUAAGUGCAAUCAUCCAAUGAAGGAAAGAGGAGCCAACGGUUGUCAAAGAGAGAGCCUAUAUAUUCGAACAGUAUAACAAGAAGAAGGGGUGCUGGACUGAGAAAAUAUAAAGAGAAAUACUCAAGAGAAAUACCAAGUCCAAGGCAUCUGAAACUGCUCUCGAAGUUCUAGACAGAGUUCUUAUUCCCUUCUUAUAUUGUAAUUGGGUUAUUGAGGACAAGCUAAGAGUAGCUUCCUCGGGUUGGGAUCAAGUGUGUUGUGAGGGCUUUGCUGUAAAGCCAAGAGGCUCUCUACCCGCAAGGUAGAGAAGCGAAACUCUUCCUAGAGAGGAUAGAGUUGGGGAGGCUCAAGGGUAGAUUAGGAGAAUCACUCUUGUAAUCUUUCAAAGGCUUGUUUAGUGAAGUUGUUUAAAAUUCCUCCGAGGGAGGUCGAGGUUUUUUAAUCCCUUUUGAGUCAAGGGGUUUUUCCUCGUUAAAUUCUUGUGCACUUUACUAUUUCGCAACUCCCAUCUUCCCACACUAGAAAUGUGCGAAAAACUGCCACGGUUCUUUUCAUCAAAAUGUGUACCAAAAAAAUGUACAAAUGGCAAUUUCCAAAAGCAUUAGGCCUUUAAUAGAGUGGUCUCGAAAAUAGUUUAACUUAAUGUAUCGUGGUAACUCGCAAAUCUUCCUCAGGGCAUUCUAGUAAAGACCUUACUGCAUUAAGCCCUCUGAAUUUGAUCUUAUUGCACUUAGCUUGAGUAAGAUACUCUAAUGUUUUAAGCUUGUUGCCCUACUCUUGUUUCUGAA